CAUAUACACACGCACACACACGGACCGCGUAACUCCUCUCUUCCCACUCGCUCCCAUUCUCCCCGAGCCGAUCCCUCCCGCGGCAAGUGUGUGUCCCGGCACCGCCACCAGCCAGGCCAGGAGCGCACGCCCGCUGCCCCAGCGAACCCGCGCGCAGAGGGGGCGGCCGCCAGGGCUGCAGCCGGACCCGCUCGCCCCGGCGCUCGGCUGCGGCGGCUGGGACACACGCCUGCGAGCGGCCGCGCCCGGGGCCGGAGCGGGUCGAGCUGCCACCCCGCACGCUCCCGGGCCCCCUGCCACCCCUAUGAGAGAAGAAGCCGGCCGAAGGAGCAGGACGCUUGGCAGCUGGACUCCUCCGCAAGCCAGAGCGCCCCCUCCUUUCUCGCCCCCAGCGCGCCCGAGAAGCAAGAUGCAGCCGCCGCGCUUCGGCUAAGAGGCGAAGGGGCCGGCGCCACCCGCUCGCCCGGAAUCGGGUCCCCGAGGCGGCUGCGCUCCCGGCCGCGGCCCCCCGGGCCCCGGAGUGAGCAGCGGCAGCUGGAGAAGCGGCCGGCCCGGGGUUGGCCCGGGCUGGGGAGGAGGGACGGGGCGGGAGGAGGGCGCGGGGGGCGGGGAGGGGGCCCCGGCGGAUAAAGAUGGCAAUGUCGCUCAUCCAAGCGUGCCGCAGUCUGGCUCUCUCAACAUGGCUGCUUUCCUUUUGUUUCGUGCAUCUGCUCUGCCUGGACUUCACCGUGGCCGAGAAGGAGGAAUGGUACACCGCCUUCGUGAACAUCACCUACGCCGAGCCCGCGCCGGACCCCGGGGCCGGGGCUGCGGGCGGCGGCGGCGCCGAGCUGCACACGGAGAAGACCGAGUGCGGGCGCUACGGGGAGCACUCGCCCAAGCAGGACGCCCGCGGGGAGGUGGUCAUGGCCAGCUCGGCCCACGAUCGCCUGGCUUGCGACCCCAACACCAAGUUCGCCGCGCCGACCCAGGGCAAGAACUGGAUAGCCCUCAUCCCCAAGGGCAACUGCACGUACAGGGAUAAGAUCCGGAACGCGUUCCUGCAGAACGCCUCCGCCGUGGUCAUCUUCAACGCGGGCUCCAACACCAACGAGACCAUCACCAUGCCCCACGCAGGUGUAGAAGACAUCGUGGCCAUAAUGAUUCCCGAGCCGAAGGGCAAGGAGAUCGUGAGCCUGCUGGAAAGGAACAUCACGGUGACCAUGUACAUCACCAUCGGGACCCGGAACUUGCAGAAAUACGUGAGCCGCACUUCAGUGGUGUUUGUCUCCAUCUCCUUCAUCGUCCUGAUGAUCAUUUCCCUCGCCUGGCUGGUCUUUUACUAUAUCCAGAGGUUUCGAUAUGCAAAUGCCAGGGACAGGAACCAGCGCCGACUGGGAGAUGCAGCAAAGAAAGCCAUCAGCAAGCUCCAGGUCAGGACCAUCAAGAAGGGUGACAAGGAAACAGAGCCGGAUUUUGACAACUGUGCAGUUUGUAUCGAAGGAUACAAGCCCAACGACAUGGUCAGGAUCCUGCCCUGCCGGCAUCUUUUCCACAAGUCCUGUGUUGACCCCUGGCUUCUAGACCAUCGCACCUGCCCCAUGUGCAAGAUGAACAUUCUUAAAGCCCUAGGGAUCCCGCCCAACGCCGACUGCAUGGACGACUUGCCCACUGACGUCGAGGGCUCUCUGGGAGGUCCACCAACCAACCAGAUCACAGGCGCAAGCGACACAACAGUAAACGAAAGUUCAGUCACCUUGGACCCUGCUGUCCGGACUGUGGGAGCCCUGCAGGUGGUCCAGGAUGCAGACCCCACGCCCCAAGAAGGAGAAGCCAUCUUCACUACCAACAGUGAGCAGGAGCCAGCUGGAAGCAGCGACUCCGACAUCUCGUUGAUUAUGGCAAUGGAGGGCGGACUCUCCGACAUAGAACUUUCCACUGACCAAGACUGCGAAGAGGUGAAAUCUUGAAAUGGCGACUGUGGAAAAGAGGAGGUAGUAGGACAGAAUGGGAUGAAAGAGGGGUGCUCCGACAGAUGGACGGGGCACCCACCUUCGGACACCUCGGCAACCCCAGGGCGCUCCGUCCCAGAACGAUAACGAAAGCAAUACCCAAAGUCUCCUUAAUCAGGAUGCUGUUCCAUCUCCACGAUAGUCUUUGGCCUUGACAGUGUGGAAGUUGAAGGCUGAUUCUUCCCUCCCACGUCCCUAUAGGCAUACACUUCAAAAGCUCCUAAAAUAGAGAAUGAAAGGAAACCCUUAGGGUUUCUUAGUUUUAAUUCGAUUUUUUUCCAGGUCUUAUUGUUCUUGUUUUUUGAAGAUUGAUUUCUUUGUAAAGACUGUGUGUAGUUUACAUCUACUCCAGUGUUUUUUCUUUGAUUCACCCCAGCUCUCACGAAGAGUUCUGUUUAGAAGCACCAGUUCCUGCUAUGACUGGUUGAUAUUUCAUCCCUGAGACUUCUGGUCUUGACCUCUCAGCAUGAACUGUGCAUGACUUUGAGAAGUGCCUCAGCACCCGGAAAUAGCAGGAGGCCAGCUUUCUUAAGAAUCUGAAUUCUUUUAAGUGGGUCUUGAAAAUCCCUGUUGCCAGAAACCCCAACACUAAGUUCUAACUCUGCUGAAGUCACUGCUCAAUAUUUUAGGGUACGUCACAGUGACCUCCACUUUUCAGGUUCUGUCAGAGGUCACCAUGACAUGAGAAAGGGGCUCCAGGGAAGUACACCAAGGUCUUAGGGUCUUUAGCUGAAAUUCCGAAGUCAGAAGUCCCCUCCAAGGCACGAAGGCCAGUCCUUGGUAGCGAUAUAUGAAACUGCAUACCUAAAUUGAAAACCCAAGACCACACUUUUUUUCCACUGAAACCAAAAUACCCAUUUUACUGGUUUCCCCAAGGUUAGAGCUGAUUGUCAGCUCCUUAGGUGGGUUCUGCAGGAGGUGGAAACUUCAGGAAAGACUGAAUCACCUUUGAGCCCAGUGGUCAAUACAGGGGGGGCUGCAGUAGCACCUGGAUCAUCCCUUACUGCCUAAUUCCUUCUGUUAAGCUCCCCAGACCAUGUGGAAGGAUUGAGGUGAAUCCUCAGCAGAUUGCUUUCCCAGGGGUCCCCUGAGAGUGUCCAGAUACCAAGUGAGAAAUGAGGUGUCACUUGAUAAGUCAUUUGAACCAAAAAUACUGCAUAGGAAUUUGCUAAAUCAAGUUUAUCCUGAGAGAGACAAAUAAGGGAGUGAAAAAGAGGUAUCCAAUGAUUACUAAAAUCCACCUGUGUUUUUAAAAUGUACGUUUCUCUUUUUGUAACUAUGACAGAAAUGUGCUAUUUUUCCAGUGGGUAAUUUUGUAAUGCAUUCAGACUAUCCAUAUGCAAAGAUGACUUAGGCAGUGACCCGUGUCCCUGGACAAUCGGAUGGGCCACCUUAUCAUCUCUAAGCAACUGAUAGAGCCCAUGCUGCCGCUUAGACUAGCUACAAAGAAAGGCUUUUCUCACUGAGCUGUAUUUUCCUAUUUGACAAGGGCUUUUACUCCUCAUUCCACUAACACUCAAACACAGAGCUUGGUCCUGCUGUCCACCCUUGCUGCCGGCUGCCGUGUGGCAUGCAGGUCAGGAAAUACGUGGUCUCCCUUUCCCGCCACCUUUCAUGAUUUUCUUCUGGUGGUUUCUAAGUAGGCAGCAAGGCAGGGAGAAUGAUGCCCACCUUCAGCCAGACACACCUCUCUAAGACUUCCUGUAAUGAAAGCCAGUCUCUAGGGCUGGGAAAGCAGGCAGGAAGGAAUGAGGACGCCAAGUCAGGGGGCAGGAGUCCUCGACCAGCUACCCUGUAAAGUGAAGCAUGUGGCAGGAUAAUUCCCAAAGCUCCUUUCAGCUUUAGGAUCCCCAUGGAGAACUUGGCCAGUGGGAUUCAUUUCUUGCAGGUAACCAUGUCUUUUAGCAAGUAGGCUUUAUAGCUGGGGAAGGCAUAGUGACUUGACCCGUCACAUAAUAACAGCCUUUGCGAUUUGGUACUCCUGUGUGGCAGAGAAAAAAGAUAUUAGUGAUUUAAGUUUUGAAACCAAGUAGAAGUUGAUUUGUUCUGCCUUGUUCCAGAACUACUGUUAGUCACAGAGUUCACAAUCUCUGAAUACCUUUGCAUCCUCUUUCUUCGUGUGGAAUUCUUAAUCUCAGUGAUGUUUAUUUUUCUUGUUUGGCAUUAGCCUGCAUCACCUACUCCUCUUUUAGUCAGCUAUGCCCCCCAAAUUUUGGCAUUAACUUAAAUCUAAAGGAAUUAGGAUAAGUCAACAGAAAGAAAUAUAAUUAUAUUCCAUAUCCAGAGAGAAAAUGCCCUUGGACUGUAUGGUCCUCUGAGUAUUUUCUCUUCCUACCAAUGGUCAGGUAAAUCAAGAAUUGAUUGCAUAUGCAAUUCCUGACCACAGCUAUCCCUACAGAAUACUGAGUUGAUGAUGUGGGAACCCAGAUACCCAGGCAAAGCCUGUGGGUCCGACCUCAAGGAGAUUCUGUUGCAAACACCCUGAGCCUGUAAGAUUCUCCACUUACCAGAGGGUUUUGGAGGACUUUUCCUAUGACCUUAGUAAUUUAAAAAUAAUUAAAAGGAAAAACGUUAACCAGAAACUUUCUCUUUCAAAAGAAUUGACAAAAACUCUUUCUGGUAGCCUUCUUCACCACCUCCCUCAAAGAAGAGACUGACCUGGGGACCCAGUGGUCCUCAUGUGAGUGUCAAAAGGGUGACCCAGCGAUGCAUUCUGUAUGUGUAUUUAUAGGUGUGCAUUCUUCUGUAGAGAAAGUGUAGACAAAUACUGUCCAGUAGAAAUAUAAUGAAAAUAUAUAUGUAACUAAAUUUUUUACCAGCCACAUUUCAAGAAGUAAAAAGGAACAGGUAAAGUCAUUUUAAUAACAUGCUUUAUUUAACCCAAUCUUGUUGCUUACAUGUAAUUGAUGCUAGAAGUAUUAAGGAAAUCUUCCCCAUUCUUUUUUGUACUGUCUUCUAAAUCCUUCAUGUCUUUUGUCUCAUGCACAUCUCAGUUUGGACUGGCCACAUCUCAAGCACUCAA